AACUUCAUAGACAGGCCAGCACAGCCAGCCUUGCAGCCUGAGAUAAGGCCUUUGGCGGGUGUCUCCCCUAUCGCUCUGUCAAGCCCUCAAGUAAGUGUUGGAGAGAGAGGUGAUGCUUGGUGCUGGUGGAACCCCUGCACAGAGACGGACACAGGAUGAGCUCUAAGUACCCGCGGUCUGUCCGGUGCUGCCUGCCCCUCUGGGCCCUAACACUGGAAGCAGCUCUCAUUCUCCUCUUCUUUUUUUUUACCUACUACGACGCUUCCUUAGAGGAUCAAAAGGGGCUCGUGGCGUCCUAUCAAGUCUGCCAAGAUCUGACUGUGAUGGCGGUCCUUGGCUUGGGCUUCUUCACCUCGAAUUUGCGGAGAAACAGCUGGAGCAGUGUGGCCUUCAACCUCUUCCUGCUGGCCCUUGGUGUGCAGUGGGCAAUCCUGCUGGACGGCUUCCUGAGCCAGUUCUCUCCUGGGAAGGUGGUCAUCAAACUGUUCAGUAUUCGGCUGGCCACCAGGAGCGCUAUGUCGAUGCUGAUCUCAGUGAAUGCUGUCCUGGGGAAGGUCAACUUGGUGCAGUUGGUGGUGAUGGAGCUGGUGGAGCUGACAGUCUUUGGCACCAUGAGGAUGGUCGUCAGUGAUAUCAUCGGAAUAGACUACCGCAUGAACAUGAUGCACAUCCACGUGUUUGCAGCCUAUUUUGGGCUGACUGUGGCCUGGUGCCUGCCAAAGCCUCUACCCGAGGGAACAGAGGAUAAAUGUCAGACAGCAACGAGCCCCAGUUUGUUUGCCAUGCUGGGCACCCUCUUCUUGUGGAUGUUCUGGCCAAGUUUCAACUCUGCUCUGCUGAUAACUCCAAUCGAAAGGAAGAAUGCCGUGUUCAGCACCUACUAUGCUCUAGCAGUCAGCGCGGUUACAGCCAUCUCAGUGUCAUCCUUGGCUCACCCCCGAGGGAAGAUCAACAUGACUUAUAUGCACAAUGCAGCAUUGGCAGGAGGCGUGGCUGUGAGUGCCUCAUGUCACGAGAUCCAUUCUCCUUGGAUUGCCAUGGUGCUGGGUCUUGUGGCUGGGCUGAUCUCCAUCGGGGGAGCCAAGUGCCUGCCGGUGUGUUUUAACCGAGUGCUGGGGAUUCACGAGAGCCACAGCGUGCACUACACCUUCGGCUUGCCGGCUCUGCUUGGAGAGAUCACCUACAUUGUGCUGAUGGCGCUUCGUGUCGUCUGGGCCAGCAGUAACAUUUCACUGGGUUGGAACCUGGCUGUAAAAAUGGCUGAAGCAGGUGAUGAGGAGCUGAUGUGUUUGGAGGUGUCUCAGAGAAAUCAUGGAGGUGCUGGGGUUCCUUCUGGUUCUUGGAUGCCUUAUACAGAGACAACCGUAGCCCCAAAUUAUAGGGAUCACAUAACAGUGGUUUCCUCAUUUGGCUGUUGGAUUUUAAGAAAAAGCAUCCAAGAAAAACAAGGCCUGUUCAAAAACAAGACAACUUCCUUUCACUGUUGCCUGCAUUUGUACGUGAGAAAUGCUCAUGACCGCAAAGUCUCCUUAUGUACAAUAAAACAAGGUCAGAGACAGAUUUGAUAUUAACAAAUAAAAGACUAAAAACUUAGUUUAAGAGUCAAUUUAAUAAGUUUAAAAUAAAUGUUUAGUUUCAUUAGGAUGAUGCUAUCAAUAUUUUCUUGGUUACAGACACAUUAUUAAAGUUUUGGGUUAAUUUUAUUGACAAUUCUUAAGAUUCUUUCUCAUGCUUAAUAAAGUAUGCUACCCAGUUAACUCUUGUCUACAUGAGCAAAGCAGAUAGUACAAAACAGGAAAAUUACAAAUCACUGAUCCUUAGUCCUUGUGGGAAUCAUGCUUUUAUCCCAGCAGUUUUACAAGGUGGCUGGCAUUCCCUGAGCAUAUUCUGAAUUGCACUGUGGGGAAAGAGGUUGUGCUCAGUUGUAGGGUGGGGGGAUGCACUGCCUGAGGAUUAAAAAACUAGUUCUGUGACCGUGAGGAAGUUACUUAAAUUUCCAUGGUCUGGGUUCCCUCCUGUGUGAAAGAGAAGGUAGACUUCAACCUCUAAGAUCUUCUCCAAUUUUCACAUUUUAUGGACUUUUGUAGAAAAAACAUCAGGAGUUCGUGUGGGAUGACAGCAAGUUAUUUCUUUGAGAAGAGUCUUGAUGGCCAGGCAAUAUUCACAGCAUAGAGACUGUCCGAUGACGACGCUAGCAUGGAAAAGAGACCCACACAUUUAAAUCACCCAGCAAAUAUUCCGAAGGCUAAUUGUGGCACGUUAUGAAAGACAUUUCAAACUGUGGUUCUGAAGAGCGUAUCCCAUCUUGCAGAGGUGGGGAGCCUGUGGGGACAAGAGUUCCGAAGAGGAAGAGACAACCAGAGUUUCCAGUAGCUAAUGUUUGUCAUUCUAGUUGACCGUGCUGGUCUAUUAGGCUAGUGGUUCAGCAUACAGAUGAAAUGAAACAUGGAACCCGGUUUAUCAUCAGAACAACUACAAAGAAAUUGUCCCCUGUGUAAGACCGGAGUGUCAAAUCUCUCUCCUUUCCUCCUCUCUCCUUCAACGGUGGGUGUGGAGUGACUGUGCGUCCCACCAGAACCACGUGUCAUGGCUGAGUCAUAUCCUCCUGCCCUUGGAAUGGGAGGCACAGCGGAAGAGCUUCCCACGGAAGGGACAUGGAGAGCCUGGUGCCUGGACCAUGGUGCUUCUCUGUUCCAACACGUCCACUCACACCUUGGGAGACCCUCAAAAGCCACUCAAACACUACAUGUUCACAGAAUUUUUGGUAAAAGUAAAUACCACUUACAGUGAGGAAGAAUUUUGACCAUGAAAUAUUUUAAAAACUAAAAAAUGUUUAUAUUUCAUUUAACAUUUGACACAGAAGAGACCACAUCUGAAUAAACACAUUAAAUCUUCAGAGCACUUUCAUUGUGGUUUUGGACCUCAGAUAUGACAAAUACUUAUACUGACAAAUCCAUAAUUUCUUUUGUAAUUUCUUUUUAUUUUUACAAAUUAUGCCAUGAUAAAAUUUGACAAAAAUUAUUCAUGUGAAAGUUUGCUUUAACGUUUUAUAAGUUAAUCAAGUGAAUACCACAAUAGAUUUUUGGUUGUGGUUUAAAUAGGGUGUUCUCGUGAUUUUAGUAUUACACAACUUUAAGCUGAGACUACACUCAGAAAUAAGUUUAGAAAACGGCAUUACAAAAGAUUGGGAGUGAGCAGUAAAAAAACAAACAAACCCAAGCAGGGAUGUUGUGCUGUGGGAAAUCGGAUGUUUUCACUGCCAUAAGUCUUCAGUGCGGCCAAACUUAAAAACCAGCCCUC